GAAGCCCUAAGCGGGGCGGACAGACGGACAGUGCUUCUCCUGGAGGAUGGGAUCCAGACGCUCCCGCAAGUAAAGUUUGGAGGCAUCAGAAACCGUCGACCCUGGCAGCUGCAGAGGCGUACCCCAGCGACAUGCAACUGAACUAAGGAGGGCUUCCUUUGGCGGCGGCGGCGGCAGCAGCAGCAGCGGAGGCGGCAGCGGCGGCGGCGGUCCUUGGAGCGACACCCCAACCCAAACCUGGAGAGGCGAAGAAGCCCCGGGUGCCCGCAGCUGCAGCCCCGCCUCUUCUAGCCGGUACUGUAGUAGCUUCUCUUCCUCACCUUCCCAUUCCCCGUACCCACCCCCCCAGGGCAAUUGGAAAGAGCAGGACUUUGAUUUUCUUGGACAAAUUGCCAUCUUCCCAUUUUCAUAAACUUGAGGCGGAGGCCUGGGCUGCGUUGGUAACUUUGAUUUCCGAGAUAUAAACGCCCAUAGCCCAUCAACCGCUCUGUGGGAGGAGCCCUGUGGCCACCUCGGAUCCUGGGCAGACGCGCCCCCCACGCCCUCGGACGCCAACCUCGGCGCUAGAGAGAGCACUCUCUCGCAUCUCUCCCUUCCCCCUUCCUCCGCCCGCCCCGGGACAGCCCUCCACCUCAGGCAAAUCCCCAGGCGCCCAAGGAGCUUGCGAGCAACUCAGACUUCUACCUACGAUCCUACCCCCCCCUUUUCUUUCCAACAGGCCUGGAAGAGGCCAGAGUGCCCCCCCCUGAGUCCGGAGGGCGCGUACGGGGCGGGAGCUCCCUCCGCAGUGAGCUGGGCGCGCUGGGGGGAGGUCCUUGCGCAUGCCAGGUGCAUAGACUACGGGCUCGCCUGCCCAAGUGCUGGUGCGCAACGGCUGGUCGGGCAGUGCCUGAAAGGCUGCGCUCCAACAGCCUUAGGCGUCCGCGCUCCCAGUACGGUCCCGACUCUGAAGCUUGUGGCCGUCUGGGGCGUGCAAGCGCCACUCGACCCGCAGCCCUGCUCCGCUGCGGCCAGUCGCGUUCGGCUAACUUUGAAGGGGGAAAACUGAGUAGCCGGGCUGGAGGGAGGGGGCUCGGGGCCGUGCGGCGCUCUCUUGGCCCCUCGGAGCCCCCGGGCCCCCAGAAAGCCGCUGCCGAGUCCACUACGACCUCAGCAUUGGAGCCCGCACGGGUUCAUCCUGUGCGCCGCCGGGCUGCCCUGGGCGGGACUCCUCCCGCGGCCUCCGGGGCCACGGGGCGCGCGCAACAGGCGGCCCGAGCCGGAGGGAAGCUGGAGCGCCGGCGGCGACGGCCUCGGAGGGGUGUGGAGAGGCGAGGCCGGGCAGAGCCCCGCACAGCCAUGGAGUCCCUCUUCCUGCCGAUGCUACUGCUGCUGGCAGUCCUGUGGACGCAGGCGGCCGCCCUGAUUAACCUUAAAUACUCAGUAGAAGAGGAGCAGCGCGCCGGGACGGUGAUCGCUAACGUGGCCAAGGACGCGCGGGAGGCGGGCUUCGCGAUGGAUCCGCGGCAAGCUUCUACGUUCCGUGUGGUGUCCAACUCAGCUCCGCACCUGGUGGACAUCAACCCCAGCUCAGGUCUGUUGGUCACCAAGCAGAAGAUCGACCGAGACCUGCUGUGCCGCCAGAACCCCAAGUGCAUUAUCUCGCUAGAGGUCAUGUCCAGCUCAAUGGAGAUCUGUGUGAUUAAGGUGGAGAUCAAGGACCUGAAUGACAAUGCUCCCAGUUUCCCGACCGCACAGAUUGAGCUGGAGAUCUCUGAGGCAGCCAGUCCCGGCACGCGCAUCCCACUGGACAGCGCUUAUGAUCCGGACUCGGGCAGCUUUGGUGUGCAGACCUAUGAGCUCACUCCCAAUGAGCUCUUUGGCCUGGAGAUAAAAACGCGGGGUGACGGUUCGCGCUUUGCUGAACUCGUGGUGGAGAAGAACCUGGACCGCGAGACACAGUCACAUUACAACUUUCGCAUCACGGCACUCGAUGGAGGCGAUCCACCCCACAUGGGCACAGCUGGCCUCAGCAUCAAGGUGACUGACUCUAAUGACAACAACCCAGUGUUUGGAGAGUCCUCCUACUCAGUGAGUGUGCCUGAAAACUCACCUCCCAAUACACCUGUCAUCCGCCUAAAUGCCAGCGAUCCAGAUGAGGGCACCAAUGGCCAGGUGAUCUACUCCUUCUACGGCUAUGCCAAUGACCACACACGUGAACUUUUCCAAAUUGACCCACACAGCGGCCUAGUCACUGUCACCGGAGCGCUAGACUAUGAAGAGGGCCAAGUGUACGAGCUAGAUGUGCAAGCCAAGGACCUGGGGCCCAACUCUAUCCCCGCACAUUGCAAAGUUACCGUCAGCAUACUGGACACUAACGAUAACCCGCCAAUUAUCAACCUCCUGUCGGUCAAUAGCGAGCUUGUGGAGGUGAGCGAGAGCGCCCCCCCGGGCUACGUGAUUGCCCUGGUUCGGGUGUCUGAUCGCGACUCAGGUCUCAAUGGACGUGUGCAGUGCCGCUUGCUGGGCAAUGUACCCUUUCGUCUGCAGGAGUAUGAAAGCUUCUCCACUAUCCUUGUUGAUGGACGGCUGGAUCGCGAGCAGCACGACCAGUACAAUCUUACAAUUCAGGCUCGAGAUAGCGGCGUGCCUACGCUGCAAAGUGCCAAGUCCUUUACUGUGCGCAUCACUGAUGAGAAUGACAACCACCCACACUUCUCCAAGCCUUACUAUCAAGUAAUUGUACAGGAGAACAACACUCCUGGAGCCUAUCUGCUCUCUGUCUCUGCCCGCGACCCCGAUGUGGGUCUCAAUGGCAGUGUCUCCUACCAAAUUGUGCCAUCACAGGUGCGAGACAUGCCCGUCUUCACCUAUGUCUCCAUCAAUCCCAACUCUGGUGAUAUCUAUGCGCUACGAUCCUUCAACCAUGAACAGACUAAGGCAUUCGAAUUCAAGGUGGUGGCCAAGGAUGGCGGCUUGCCCUCGCUGCAGAGCAACGCCACAGUGAGGGUCAUCAUCCUCGACGUCAAUGACAAUACCCCAGUAAUCACUGCCCCACCCCUCAUCAAUGGCACUGCUGAGAUCUAUAUUCCUCGAAACGCCGGCAUAGGCUACUUGGUGACUAUAGUUAAGGCAGAUGAUUAUGAUGAGGGUGAAAAUGGCCGAGUCACCUAUGACAUGACAGAAGGUGACCGCGGUUUCUUCGAAAUAGACCAGGCCAAUGGAGAAGUCAGAACCACUCGCACCUUUAAUGAAAACUCCAAGCCUUCCUAUGAGCUGAUAGUGGUGGCCCGUGACCAUGGCAAAACGUCUCUUUCUGCCUCUGCCCUUAUCCUAAUCUACCUGUCCCCGGCUCUUGAUGCCCAAGAGUCAAUGGGCUCUGUGAACUUAUCCCUGAUUUUCAUUAUUGCUCUGGGCUCCAUUGCUGGCAUCCUCUUUGUCACUAUGAUAUUCGUGGCAAUCAAGUGCAAGCGUGAAAACAAAGAGAUCCGGACCUACAACUGCAGUAAUUGUUUAACCAUCACUUGUCUCCUCGGCUGUUUUAUAAAAGGACAAAACAGCAAGUGUCUGCAUUGCGUCUCGGUUUCUCCCAUUAGCGAGCAGCAAGACAAAAAGGCAGAGGAGAAAGUGAGCCUAAGGGGAAAGAGAAUCGCUGAAUACUCCUAUGGGCAUCAAAAGAAAUCAAGUAAGAAGAAAAAAAUUAGUAAGAAUGACAUCCGCCUUGUACCUCGGGAUGUGGAGGAAACAGACAAGAUGAAUGUUGUCAGUUGCUCCUCCCUUACUUCGUCCCUCAACUAUUUCGACUACCACCAGCAGACACUGCCCCUGGGCUGCCGUCGCUCUGAGAGCACUUUCCUGAAUGUGGAGAACCAGAAUACCCGAAACACUACUGCUAGCCACAUCUACCACCACUCCUUCAACAGCCAGGGUCCCCAGCAGCCAGAUCUCAUCAUCAAUGGUGUGCCCCUGCCUGAGACUGAAAACUAUUCCUUUGACUCUAACUACGUGAACAGCCGUGCCCAUUUGAUCAAAAGCAGCUCCACCUUCAAGGACCUGGAGGGCAACAGCCUGAAGGACAGUGGGCAUGAGGAGAGUGACCAGACUGACAGCGAGCAUGAUGUCCAGAGGAGCCUGUACUGUGAUACUGCUCUGAACGAUGUGCUGAAUACCAGUGUGACCUCCAUGGGAUCUCAGAUGCCUGACCAUGAUCAGAAUGAAGGAUUUCAUUGCAGGGAGGAAUGCCGGAUUCUUGGCCACUCUGAUAGAUGCUGGAUGCCUCGGAAUCCCAUGCCCAUCCGCUCCAAGUCUCCUGAGCAUGUGAGGAACAUCAUCGCUCUGUCCAUUGAAGCUACUGCUGCUGAUAUUGAGCCUUAUGACGACUGCGGCCCCACCAAGCGGACAUUCGCAACCUUUGGAAAAGAUGUCAACACCCACCGGGCUGAGGAGCGGCCCAUCCUGAAAGUCAAGAGGACUGUCGAUGUGACCAUCUGCAGCCCCAAAGUCAACAGCGCUAUCCGGGAGGCAGGCAAUGGCUGUGAGGCUAUUAGCCCUGUCACCUCCCCACUGCAUCUCAAGAGCCCUCUGCCAACCAAGCCUACUAUGUCUUACACGGUCGCCCUGGUUCCUCCAGCUCGUGAUCUGGAGCACCAUGCCAACAAUGGCGCCUCUCGUCCUUCUGAAGCUGAACCCCGUGGAGCCGACAGUGAGAAAGUCAUGCAUGAGGUCAAUCCUAUUCUGAAGGAAGGGCGUGACAAGCAAUCUCCUGUCGUGAAGCGUCUGAAGGAUAUCAUUCUGUAAACCCAUCUGGGGAAGAAGAAAGAAAAGAAAUCACACUGGCUAGUGAAGAUGCAGCAUCUACUCAUUUUCCUCACCCAUGGUUGGUUCUUGAGUGGCUGCACUGGAGAGAUUUCCCAAAAUGUAUUGUGUAUAAGUGACUAUCAUUCCGUGACAAUCCCUCUCGUUUCAGCAGGCAGCAGGGGUGUUCAGUUGGAGCAAAUUAGCUUUGGCUUGAGUUGUUCAUGGGGCCUUGAUGGUGGGGAAACAGAGGCAAAUUCAGUUGUGAAAAGUAUUAUGUAUUAAGUGUUUGAAUUUAUAUAUUUUUCUAUGUCAAAAUGAUAAUAUAAAUUACCAUUGUUUGUGAAGAAUUACAUUUAAAAAAGCAAAAAGAAAAAAAAAAGAAAAAAAACUCUGGACACCUUUAAUAAGCUCGCCACUGUUUUUUGUAGUGUAGACAAGUUAUUGGUCAUUUAUGGUGUACUAUUCAUUGAUUCAGUGACGUGAAAUCGAGCCCCCAAAAGGUUGUUUCUGAAGCUCGAGUACUUUCCAAUGCCGCUUCUUUGCUGUGGACUCCCCUGCUUUAAGAACCCUUUUGCUAGCUGUGCUGUUGUUGUAUUUGAUAUUGCAAAUUGCUAUGUGUGUGGUGAUGGCAAAAGGCUUUUAAAGGUUGAUGUUUUCUUUUCUUAAAAAAAUAAUAAAAAUACAGACAAAAACAAAAUGCAGAAACUGAGACAGCAGGUAAAUGAGCAACACUACACCUAGAAGUUGAGUACUUGGAUACUCACGUUUUUUAAUCCAUGUAGUGGUUGCUCACUACCUUGCAGAGGAUUUCUCCUGUCUUUCAGUCUUCUGCCCGGGUCUGUGCGAGAUCAUUGUAGAAAGUCAUUUUUGGAUAUGCUGCUAUCUAAUUUGCAGUUGUCAGAAAUACUGUGCUGAAAAUUUUAUGAGAUGCAUUAUUUUUUUUUCUAAUUUUCAGACCCUGAACAGGAAAGUUACUCCUGAUGUUAUCAGUUUUCAGGCUGAGAAAUUCCCUGUCUCCAAUCAUCUAAAAAUCAUGCAACAUGACUGAGUCUAUUUUGAGAUCUAAAUUACCAUCUCUUUAGACACACACUUCCUGAUUCAGUGUUUUCCCAAUCAUGAUUGGAAUUAGAUGGUAAAGCACAUCAUGGGCUGGAAUCAAGGGCUCCAUGCUGCUCUUUACCUUAGGCUUAUAAAUAAUGAUAGAGUAAGCAGUAUGAAGUGUACACUUAGGAAAAGCCAGGUACUAACAUCACUGAUCUAAUUACUGUGCCUUCUAAACGGAGACACUCAGACACUUGAACAUGUCUUUUUAUGACUAAUACUUUUUUGAUUAAAAAUGUGAACAAGAAAUUAUUAAAACAAAAAUCCCUUAGAUUUAGUAACUCUUUUUUGCUGUAGGCUAGGAAUAUGCCUUUUUAAACUAACAGAGCACCCAUUCUUUUUGUUCUUUUUAACAGUGCACAAAUGCCCCUUUUUAUUAUCUGUCUAUUAAUAUUCACUAGCCAACAUAGUAUUCUUGCAGCCUAAGAGUUCAUUAUUUAAAAUAAACUAAAAAAACAUGUCCCCUUUGCUCUACUUUUGUCUUAAAGGAAUUUCUUCUAAAGAAACAAGUUUUUUUGGUUCCUUCCUCUCUUUUUCUCCCUCCCUCCCUCGCUGCCUCCCUCCCUCCCCUGU